AUGGAAUUCAUUGCCGAUUAUGAUUUGAAAAUCCAGUACCACCCGGGUAAAGCUAAUGUGGUAGCAGAUGCACUAAGUCGAAGAAAAGCAAAAGUUGGUGCUGAGAAGGAGGUGGAGUUCUUAGCUGAUGAAUUGAAGAAAGUAAGGCUUUUAGCCUUAGAGGGAGAGUCCAAUGAGCCGUUGGGUUUACAAGCUGUAACUCAAGCGAGCCUGUUGCAUCAAAUCCGGGAAGAGCAACCCAAGGACAAAAACUUAAAGACAUUCAUCGAGGAAUUGAGGAGUACAGAAGGACCGAAUGCUAGUGGAUACCACUUAGCAGACGAUAGUACGUUACUCCUUAAUGGGAGAAUAACUGUACCUGAUCGAAGUGGUCUGCGGGAGGAGAUAUUGAGUACAGCUCACAGCUCACCGUUGAGUAUCCAUCCGGUGAGCACCAAGAUGUACAAGAAUAUACGGAGGAUUUGCAGAGGGCUUUGGGAACUGAUGUUCACCUCAUUCCACUCAGAGACUGACGGACAGACGGAGAGGACUAUCCGAACCAUAGAGGAUAUGAUCCGACUAUGUGCAUUGGAAUGGUCUACAGAUUGGGAAGGGAAUCUGCCAUUGGUUGAGUUUGCGUAUAACAAUAGUUAUCACUCCAACAUUGGCAUGUCGCCAUUCGAGGCGAUGUACGGGAGACCUUGUCGAGCACCUUUGUGUUGGACUGAAGUUGGGGAAAGGACGAGUUUCAAUCACAAGUUGAUUGAUGAGACCACGGAGAAAGUCAAGUUUAUUCAGGAGUGUAUGAAGAAGGCUCAAGAUCGCCNAUGA